AUGCCUUCUACUAUUUCAAAUAACGAAAUAUUUGAAGUGAUUAAAAAAAUAAAAGAACAAAACGUCAAUAUUCAAAACGAUAUUACUGCAAUUAAAAUAGAGAGCACUAAACAAAAAGAACGAAUAGAGGAAUUUAUAACAAAAAUAAAUAAAUUGGAGCAGGACAAUCAAAGUAUAAUAAAGCAACUAAACGUCGUAGAAUCAGCAAUUAAAAAUAAUAAUAUUAUUUAUGGAUUUAAGGAAACUAAUGUUAAACUUUUGGAUCAUGUUAUAGAUUUUUUUGCCAAGACUGUACGAGUUAAUAUAACUGAAAAAGAAAUUAACAAUAUAUAUAGAAUAGGAAAAGGUGAAGACAAACAAAAAAUUAAACCUAUUUUUCUGCAGUUGGUUUCAAAUUUGAAAAAGCAAGAAAUCUUUGGAAAUGUAAAAAAUCUAAAAGGGUUCGGUAUAAGUAUUUCUAAUGAUUUAAACCCAGAAGAAAGAAAAAAACAAAAAAUAUUAUACAAAGAGCUAAAGAAGGCAAGAAUAGCAAAAAAAGAAGCAUUUAUAAAGAACAAUAAAUUAGUUAUAGACGGCAAAGUCUUAACGUACGAAGAUCUUAAAGUCAGCUUUGAAAAAGAAAAAAUAACAAAUAAACCGUCAGAAGAAGCUUCUACAUCUACUACCCAAAAUAAAACUGCAGACAUUGAAGAGGGUGAAGAAUCAUCAGAGUCGGACAUAGAAACGGAUAAAGAAUCGGAUGCAGGAAAGAAAGAAGUUAAAGAAGAUAAAUUAAAGACUGAUAAAAAAAGAAAAAAGACCGUCACCUCCCCAAAAUCAAAAUCAAGAAAAAUUAACAAUAUAUAUAGAAUAGGAAAAGGUGAAGACAAACAAAAAAUUAAACCUAUUUUUCUGCAGUUGGUUUCAAAUUUGAAAAAGCAAGAAAUCUUUGGAAAUGUAAAAAAUCUAAAAGGGUUCGGUAUAAGUAUUUCUAAUGAUUUAAACCCAGAAGAAAGAAAAAAACAAAAAAUAUUAUACGAAGAGCUAAAGAAGGCAAGAAUAGCAAAAAAAGAAGCAUUUAUAAAGAACAAUAAAUUAGUUAUAGACGGCAAAGUCUUAACGUACGAAGAUCUUAAAGUCAGCUUUGAAAAAGAAAAAAUAACAAAUAAACCGUCAGAAGAAGCUUCUACAUCUACUACCCAAAAUAAAACUGCAGACAUUGAAGAGGACAUAGAAACGGAUAAAGAAUCGGAUGCAGGAAAGAAAGAAGUUAAAGAAGAUAAAUUAAAGACUGAUAAAAAAAGAAAAAAGACCGUCACCUCCCCAAAAUCAAAAUCAAGAAAAUUUUUUAAGAAAAACUAUUAA